AUGUCGCUGGUAGACAGGGUCGCCUCAGACGCCAGAGCGGAGCUCCUGUCUUCCAUCGCAAACGUCAUCGUUUCCAUCGAAAGGUCGCAAUCUGCGGAAUCUAGCGCCUCGUCAAACGAUGUUAACGGGCAUAGACAGGUUCCGUAUCGUGUCGCUGGGACUGUUUCCUCCCCGGAAAGGGGUGAAUCGCAGGACAGUGCCGGCUGGAUACGUCAGUUCAUAUCCAAAGGAAAUAAGCUGAAUGUGAACUGCACGCAGGAUGUGCACGACCUUGUAUCGCAUUUGUUCGCCACGGACGAGCUUUCGGCUCUGGGACUGGACUCCUUUAAGACGCUGGCUGCUCAACAGUCAUGGCGCUCAUCACCGAGGAAGGGCGACGGCAAGGCGACUGGCGGCUCAUACACACUGUACAUGAUUCGACCGACGCUGCCAGAUGCUUCUCAGCUCAAGUCGGUGCUACAUUAUGACAGGAGCGAGUGCUACGUCUUGUGUCUGCCGGAGGUGUCCGACAUGUUCCCCGGCGUGCUGCAGGGGAUGCUUGGCAAGUCGUUCACCGUGCUGCGCGGCAUCGGUGGGCACCAUGGCAAUCGAGUGGUGCACCUAUACAGCUGCAAUGUCCAUAUGGCGCCGGUUGAGUCGUGCGUGCUUUCCAUGUUCAUCUCCCGGUCAUUCCAGACGUUCUACGCGGAAGGGGAUCCGAUGGCGUCGUGGUUCUACGCCAAAGCGUUUGAGCACCUGGAAAGUCGGAUAUUCGACGGCGCAGUGCCAAGAGUCACAUGUCUAGGGCACCUUUCGCGGCUGGUGGGUGAGGUCAUGCUGAAGGGUCGAAGAGACUCCGCGGCUGACCUGAUCAUACUCGGCUCUGAGCGGUCGCACUCGGGGUCGGACAUGCCGUAUCUGACCAAGGAAAUGAAUGAGAAUCGCUACAGGAAACAGGGCACAGCGGCUGACUCUGCCGAAACACAGUCUGCGAAAGCAGGAGAUAAAGGUAGUAAUGCUAGUGCGCAGGCGACCACGGACACCAUGCGACUGCUUCGUCAGUCGUCGGUUGUGGACGAGGCUGUGCUUAUAGACCGAUAUGUGGAUUUGGUGACUCCUAUGUGCCUCAACUUCACAUACGAGGGCCUACUGGAUAACCUGUUUGGAGUGGUACAGGGUCAUGCGCACCUGCCGCCCGGGGUUGUGGAGGGUUCAGCGGGCGCUGCACCUAUAGGCAUCCUGGACCAAUAUCGCAGUAAUAUCGCAUCAAAUAGAGGGGCAUUAGCUGCUAGAGCCACUCAAUCCGGCUCUGUCCUGACGCUGAGCUCGCCUCUGUACAAAGAUAUACGCUGGAUGAACUACAGCGAGGUGGGCAAGUACCUGCAUCAACGUGCGCUACAGGUGCACAAAGGGUACGAACGCGGCGAUUUGUCUACUCUAGGCGAAAUGGACGCUUUCGUGAAGAAAUUUAAAAACCUGCAAAAGGAGCAUUCCGAACUCUCAGUGCAUGUCAACUUGAUGUCGUGGCUCUCUUCGCUGGUCAACGGCGAUCUCAUCCAACUCUUGCAGCACAUGGAGGACACCAUACUGCAAUGCUCGUCGGACGUGAAGCCGGAUGACUCCAAGUUGGCCUCCAUUACAGCUAAACUGUUCAACAAGCCGUGCGACCCGUGUGUUGCACUGUUCCUGGAUCUCAUUUUCUGGAACGUCGACGUUAAUCAGCUGUAUAGGCUGCUGGUGCUUGCAAGCCAAACACGAGAUGGGAUCAAGUCUAGCGAUUUGCAGAACAUCAAACGCGCCGUGGUAGAUCAGUACGGGUUCAACCAGUUGCUGGCGAUGCAUGAGCUUGAACGCAUGGGGAUGGUGCGCAUUAACGAUGCGCCAGACGGACUGCGGUGGUCUCGUCUUUGCAAGAAGUUAAAUUUGCUGGUAGAUAGGGACACAGGUACAGCUGACUACUCGAUGAUUUUCGGAGGUUACGCGCCAAUAUCGUUGCGGUUGUAUCAGUUGAUCGUGCUGUCACGUGGCAUAGGUUCCAUUCAGUCGGAGCUACGAUUGCUUAAUUGCCCAGUGUCGGUGCUGCGGCAGAAAGGCCUCGUUGCUGAUCAGAAGCGCCAGGAAGCCAAAGCUGCAACCUAUAAGCUAUUGGGUUAUCUGGGAGGCGUGACGCUGGGCGAAAUUGCCGCCGUCGCAUACCUUAACCAGAAGCAAAGUCAACAGAUACUUCUGCUGACUACGGACAUAGUAGGCAUGCGGAACAUGCUCAAAGUAGACGCAUAA